GGGAGUUCAUCCAUCCGAAGGUGCUCGUCGGCUAUUCGUACAGCUUCGUACACACUUCGGUAUGUUCCGCCCACACCUCGGAUCCUGCCGAUAGUGAAUUAGGGCUGUAUUUCGUCCCCCUCGUUCUCUGUGUUGUUGUCCUCGGUGACGCGACGGAGGUGUAGCCUGACGCGGUCUCUUACGUGUCGGACUAAAUAAAAGUGGAGCUCCGGAGGCCUGGGAGUGACGAGGCGAGUCUGUGUCGGGCUACCUAAAUGACUAUGGAAGCAGGAGCAGAUGUCCAGCAGGGUGGCGACACUGCAGUCUCAGAGACAGACACCCAGCAGAUUGCUACCUUGGCACAGGUUUCCAUGGCAGCCGGACAAGCAUCAAUUACAACACCCACAGUGACCUUAGUACAGCUACCCAAUGGCCAAACAGUGCAAGUUCAUGGGGUCAUCCAAGCAGCACAGCCUUCUGUAAUACAAUCCCCACAGGUGCAAACUGUUCACAUUUCUACCAUUGCUGAGAGCGAUGAUUCCCAGGAGUCAGUGGACAGCGUGACAGAUUGCCAGAAAAGGAGAGAGAUCCUGUCUAGACGGCCAUCAUACAGAAAGAUCCUGAAUGACCUGUCAUCAGAUGCUCCAGCAGUACCACGGAUAGAAGAGGAAAAAUCAGAGGAGGAUUCCACCCCAGCCAUAACAACCGUUACCAUGCCAACGCCCAUCUAUCAGACAAGUAGUGGGCAGUACAUUGCAAUAACCCAGGGUGGGGCGAUCCAGUUAGCCAAUAAUGGAACAGAUGGAGUUCAGGGGUUGCAAACCCUCACCAUGACCAACGCUGCAAAUGCUCAGCCCGGCACAACUAUCCUGCAGUACGCACAGACGAGUGAUGGCCAGCAGAUACUGGUGCCCAGCAAUCAAGUAGUAGUGCAAGCGGCCUCCGGAGACGUUCAAGCAUAUCAGAUCCGCACUACUGCCGCCAGCACCAUUGCCCCAGGAGUGGUCAUGGCCUCCUCUCCUGCAUUGCCAAGUCAUGGAGGUACCGAGGAGGUCACACGUAAGAGAGAGGUUCGACUUAUGAAGAACAGGGAGGCAGCGCGGGAAUGCCGCAGGAAAAAGAAAGAGUAUGUGAAAUGUCUGGAAAACAGAGUGGCUGUUUUGGAGAAUCAGAACAAAACACUCAUCGAGGAGCUUAAAGCGCUAAAGGACCUUUACUGUCACAAAUCUGAAUAAUAACACACGUGCUGAACAGAUUUCUUCAGGUGCCUCAAGAGACAAAGACUCUGAACACACCACAAGCACCUGCACAGGAUCUCCAUCUCUUUUCAUUUCUAUUUGUCCCCUUUUUUUAAAUAGUAUCUUCUGUAAAAAAUCAGUCAUGACAAAGACAGUAUAAGUGUAAACUUUUUUAUUUUCCCCAUUUCUCUUCAUAAGAAAGAGAGUUGUUUUUUCAAAAGGAAAUUGCAGGGUACAGUUUGGGUUAUCAACAAGUUGCCCUACUUUAAGGAGCUUUCUGAAUCCAAAAGAGCACCUUUCCGCUUUAGUCAUGAUGGGAAACGAAUGAUGUUUGUGUGGGUUUAUCUCGGAGACAGCUCAGUGUGCUGCUUCUGAGACCAGCUCCUGUCAUUCAGAGGUGUGGAUUUGAAAGACUUUCCCUACACCGCACCAGUCCAUGGCGCUGCCUGCAAGCAUGAUUAAAGAGGGAUGGUGAUUUUUUUUUACUUUUGAAGCAUGGGUCUUUAAUGAUUGAGAUUAAAUCAACUGUGCGCUCUCUUGUUGCUUUAGUGCUUCUGUUACUAAUACAUAUAAUCUUUUUUUUUAUGAAGACAUAAUAUAGAUAAUUUGUAUAUAUCAAUCUAUGUCAGAACAGAGGCAUAUAUAUAUAUAUAUAUAUAUAUAUAUAAAUAUGUGUGUGUGUGUGUAUAUACCUGUGUUAUGACAUUGAUUCAUGUACAAAGCUCCAUUGUCUGUUUUCUAAAGCAGUGUUUUUGUUACAAAUUCAAGUGCUGUAUGGAGAAACUCGGCUUUGUUAAAAAAACAUGUGGAUUCUUGAAAACAUGAAAUGAGAGUGUUUGAGAAGGUGCAAAGUAAAUGUAUGUUAUUUCCUAGGCCAUACUAAGAAAAUCUUUUUAAAUUUGUCUGCUUAUAUUGUAAUAUAUAUUGAAUUUCCUAAUCUAUACCAGACUUCACAGGUUGUUCUUUUGCCAUCUACACUGAUCAGAGGCUAGUUGUGUGUUGAGUCCCUGAUAUUUUAAAAAGGCAUUUUGAUAUACAAGAAUUGAUCUCUCAUCAGUGUGUAGAGCUUUUGUGUUGCACAUUGCUAUUGUGGAAAUGCUGUUGUUAUUUUCUUUUGUCUUUUGCCAUAACAUUUCACCCUCCAAGUUUUUGUUAACCUGAAUUAUUUUGAUUAUAUUGUAUUUUUUUAAGAUAUGUUGCUUAUGUGUAACCUAACUCAAACUUUCUGGAACAGUCUUUCAUCAGCAAUUAUAUAUUUGGCAGAUGUUUGUAGUCUCA